AUGGAUUAAAAACCUAUAAAAUCACUUAGAAGUAAUAAUAUUAUUAUCCAAGAUAAGUUUAGUACCAAUACUAAGUUUUCAGAAGCCUUUUAAAUAUAGGAUUCAGUAUUACAAGGUCCAACAGAAUUAUAUGAAUUAUAAGCAAUUGAUUUAGAGUUUCCAAAGAUAUUUGAAUGCUUUUCUAAUCUAAAUUGUAAUUUUAAUUCAACUAUGAUCUUUAAUACACCAACAAUGUUUUAGAACAAUAUUUAAAUGGAUUCAAAAACCUUAACAGCAGAAUAAAUGAGAAUACUAUGCUAAAUUGAUAUUUUAAUGUUGAGACAUUAUUAUUUAUUACGAAAAGAAGUGAUUAAAUAAUAUAUUAAAGGUGUUCAAAAAGCAUAAUCAAUUAUUUUUGAAAUAAUAGGAAAAAAAUAUUAACAAUAACAUAUUAUAGAUUAAGAAACGAUUUCAACAUCAUUACUAAGAUAAGAUAGCAAUGAUGCUAUGCAAAUUAUUAGAUGAAGUGAGAAAUAAAGAAGAUAAAGAAUUUAUAGAAAAUAAUAUAAAUGAUGUACAGUUCAUACCAGCUGAAUUAAUAGAGCUCGAUAUAAAACUUAAAUAAUAACCUAUUGAAUCAUUAGAUUAUUGUGAUCCAUUAUAAGUUUAUUAAGAAAUUACUAAACUUUUGGAAAUGUUUUUAAAAUCAAUAUGA